UGAAACGUUUUCACACAGCCAGAAAACUGCUUGUUUUUGCAACCAAAUCUUAUGGGAUUAUGUGAGAGUAGGGAGUAGCAAGAUGGCGGCCAGUGACUUCAGUUUUUCGGGCAAAUCAGCAAUCUAGUGAAUAAAUAGAGAUCAGUGGGUCGAACAUAUUGCUUUUAUAUUGAAAAGUAGUUUCAGCCGUAACUACCGUAAUGCUUUGUGUAGGCGUGACCUUAAAAUCCAGGUGAGGGCUUCUUGACUUGUCGUUUCGAAGCGGCGGCUCACUUGACCGCAGUGUUUUGAUGCAGGUUGUGGUGUUCUCUUAGUUAACUAGUUUGCUCAGACAAAAUGAUCCUCUUACUCUUGCUGGAAUUAUUUUCUGUGUUGGUUCUGACUAAAACCAGCCCGCAUUCGCAUUCCCCGAGGAUGUAUUUUAAAGACGAAGGGUCCUUCAAAAGGUUCCGAUUAACUGGGCAAAAUUUGCCGGUUCAGCUUCUCCGUGAAGGACAGCCAAAUGCUGUUACAUCUGUUGGAAAGACCCACCUGUAUUUCUACAACUUUAAUGAUACCGAUAAGGAUCCUGAAGGACAGAAGGUGGUGUGGAAAGACUCCAAAAACAAUAUCAACACCUAUGACAUCACUUUGGUCCAUGAGAGGGAAGAAGGAAAGCCGUUGUUUGUGUGUGGCACAAACAGUGAGGAAACAAAGUGCUGUGAAAUGGAUUUAUCAGACAACUCAUGUGUUGCCAGUAGUAAAAUGGAAAACAUAGGAUUUAUUAUAAAGGAUGGUGAACAUCUAGUUGAAAAUGAUAACAGGACCGAUGUCUAUCUCACAUACUCUGGAGCUCAAGAGCAUGUUGGCAUCCACAAGUUUGGAAGUAAAAGAGUGAGACCAGCCAUUAAUGAUAAAGAGCAGUAUUAUGUCGGCUUGGUGCUCAACAAAAGAAAAGACGAUAAAUUGCAGAGCAGAGUCUAUGCUUUCUAUAAGCAGAAAAACACAGACACAGAUCCUUGGAGUGACAUGUGGCUCCCUUUUGUCAGCCAAGUUUGCAUGGAAGAUGCUGGAGGUCCCAAGAACAACCUGCAGUUUAGCUGGACAUCACUGAUGAAUGCAAAGCUCUACUGUGGUUACCCAGGCAGCAAACAGCAUUUCUCUGAGUUGGUAGAUGUGGCUACUGUGCACGCAGACCGGUGGCAGGAUACCAGAGUUUAUGCACUCUUCAGAAAUGAAUGGGGCAUGAGCGCUGUGUGCGUCUACACCAUAGGGGACAUUGACAACGUUUUCACCUACUCCCCCUUUAAGGGUUCAACAGCAGACACCAAUGAGGACAAGGAGAGGAAAAAGUGUGUUUCUGACAGCACCAAGAUUCCAUCAAAAGUCCUGACGAAGAUCAAAGAGGUUUCAGAGAUGAAGGAGUGGGUCCAGCCGGUGAACAAGCUGGGCCCAGUUCUCUUUAAGCACCACAACUACACCCAAAUCUCUGUUGAUGCUUCACUGAGUCAACACACCGUUAUGUUCCUCUCUUUAGAUAACGGUGCUAUUCACAAGGUGUUACAGUGGGAAAAUCAUUCAUUCGUCAUCGCUGAGUAUCAGCCUUUUAACCACUCGUCCCACAUCCUCCGUCUCGUCCUUCAUCCCUCCUCUAGAAAGCUGUAUGUGAACUCAAAAACUGAGCUGGUCCAAAUUGAUGUGGGAAACUGUCACCAGUAUGGAAACACCUGCCAGGAGUGUCAUCUGUCCAGAGAUCCUUACUGCACUUGGACAAGAGAACGGUGCACUUCUAAGAUGAGUGACUCGGUUAACGACGUGGUCAGCGGGAACACCACCAUGUGCGUAGAAGACCAAACAUUAAAACCUCCACCGCCCAGGAGAAGUGCUGCUGGCAAUGUGGAAGACGCAGUCACUGGACAGCCUGCAGACAAGAAUGUGCUCAGCGUUCCCGCUCAGUCCAGCUUCAUCCUACGCUGCCCAGUAACAUCCCAUCAUGCCCACUACACCUGGGACAGUCCUCAGGGCCUCAGUCGCUGCCACCCGCAGGAGGGCCAGUGCCUUUAUCUGAUUGAAAGCAUGACUCCCAAACAGGUGGGGGAAUAUAAAUGUGAGUCAGAGGAAAUGGGCCAUCGCAAAGUUCUGGCGCAGUACCAGCUGAGAAGCAGGGCUGCAGGGAAGACAUUUCCUCCAGUAGUCUGGGCUUGUUUUGUUUCUGUCCUUGUUAUAAGUGUCUGGUUUUAGUUUUAAUUCAAUACAUUUUUUAAUUUUUAAUUUUUUUAUGAUAAAUUCAGUUCUGAGUAUGUCCCUGCAAAUGCUUAGCUUUGGUUCAAAUAGACUCGUCAUUGUGAAAGUGUUAUGAAAACAAAAAACAAUCUGUUUUAUUGAAAGAACGUGAAGCAGACUCAAUGUUCCCUCUAACAGCAAGACGUUUAGGAUUCUGUUUAGAGCAGACGCCCCGAUAAAGCUGGUCAGGCGGACGUGUAGUCCAGGGAAUCAGCCGAUCCGGGAGCCCCGACGUGAGCGACUCAUUGAAUGAGCGGCGGCGCUGCAGCAAGGAGGCACGGGCGUCAUGUAGCGGCAGCAGACAGGGUUCAGAGGAGCAUAGGGAACCCACGGAGAAGCAGCGGUCCAGCAGUAAGGUGACUCCGGCUACUUGAUGGACAGCAGGCUGGACACGGUGAGGCAGAGUGACAACGAGGAGAUGUUCCAGCAGAGAUGAGCAGACUGAGGAGGGUUUAUGUAGGCUGGUGGAACAGGUAGGCUGAGUUCAGUUUAAUUAGGAGCAACAGGUGGAAGUGAUCUAGAGUGGAGUGAUGACCGGAGGCAACUGGGCUGGAUGAGUAACGGCUAAAGGGGAGACACAAGUCCAGAAAAAAAUGUCCAAAAUAAAACAAGCAAAAACUGAACCAUGACAUUUUGUAUUUUAAGUAGAAGUAUUCGCAGCCGUUAGAGUUUUUCACAUUUUUAUCACAUUAACACUUUAAACUUUAGCGUGGCUAUUUUAUUGAGAUUAUAUGUGAAAGACCAACCCAUUAAUGAAACAAGGUGGCGGUAGCAUCAUCUUGCUGUGGGAAGACUCUCCUGCUGCAGGUGAGUCUUCCCCCAGCAUGAUGCUGAACAGAAGAGUAUCCUAGAUGCUGUGGUUCUAACAAGACAAGAGGCAAA